AAAAAAAAAAAUGCGACACCGUCCCGUUUCUCCAAUAGAAGUCAGAGAGCUUAAACCCUAAACCCCUUUCUCACGAUCUUCCCCUUUCUCCAGUAGCCAAGGUUUCAGUGUUCUAGAAAGAAGGAUGAAUAUCAACGUCAAAGUUCCGAAGGUACCAGGUGGUGGUGCCAUUUCAGCGCUGCUUAAGGUUGGGAUUAUCGGUGGGCUUGGUCUCUAUGGUGCCACACACAGUCUCUACAAUGUUGACGGAGGACAUCGUGCCAUUAUGUUCAAUCGUUUUAUCGGUAUCAAAGAUAAGGUUUACCCUGAGGGCACACACCUUAUGAUUCCUUGGUUCGAAAGGCCGGUCAUCUAUGACGUUCGCGCUCGACCUUACCUUGUUGAGAGUACAUCCGGAAGCCGCGAUCUCCAGAUGGUGAAAAUUGGGCUUAGGGUUCUCACGCGUCCCAUGGCAGACCAGUUACCUGAAAUCUACAGAUCCCUUGGUGAGAACUACAGCGAGAGAGUUCUGCCUUCCAUAAUCCACGAGACUUUGAAAGCUGUGGUUGCUCAGUACAAUGCAAGCCAGCUUAUUACUCAGAGAGAGGCGGUCAGUAGGGAGAUCAGGAAGAUUCUGACUGCACGAGCUGCAAACUUCAACGUCGCGCUUGAUGAUGUGUCCAUCACGACCCUGACAUUCGGGAAGGAGUUCACCGCUGCCAUUGAAGCAAAGCAGGUGGCGGCUCAAGAGGCUGAGCGAGCCAAGUUCAUCGUUGAGAAGGCUGAACAAGACAAGAGAAGUGCAGUUAUCCGUGCACAGGGAGAAGCCAAGAGUGCUCAGCUCAUUGGUCAAGCAAUUGCAAACAACCAAGCGUUUAUCACACUCAGGAAGAUCGAGGCUGCAAGAGAGAUUGCGCAGACCAUAGCAAACUCGGCGAACAAGGUGUACUUGAGCUCAGACGAUCUGUUGCUUAACCUACAAGAGAUGAAUUUGGAUGUAGAUGCAAAGAAGUAGAGAGGCUUCUUAAGUAAAAUCUCAUGUGCUUCAUGUCGUCUUUUCAAUUCCUCAGAUCCUUUGGAAGAAGAGUUCGAUUUGUAACCACUAAAAAACUUUUAAAAGUUGUUCUUGGAAUCACCUACCUCAAGGUGAAAAUGGGUCACCAUUAAAGAGAAAAGACUGAAUGAGUUAAUUGUAAUGAACUUGUCGUUUGGGGGAAAAAAAAAAGAGGUUUGCAUUUGGUUAAA